AUGACCACCGAGAGCCGCCAGCAGCAGCUGGAGCCCCCGGCCCCUCUCCGCUCCUGCAGCCCGGCUCCCGGAGCUCUCCAGUCCGCCUUGAUGAGCCAGCCGCCCCCCUCCGCCCUGGAGACCUCCUCCUCCUCCUCCUCCAGCAAGAACAAGAAGGCGAGCUCGGGGCUGCGGCGGCCCGAGAAGCCCCCUUACUCCUACAUCGCCCUCAUCGUGAUGGCCAUCCAGAGCUCGCCCACCAAGCGGCUGACCCUGAGCGAGAUCUACCAGUUCCUGCAGAGUCGCUUCCCCUUCUUCCGCGGCUCCUACCAGGGCUGGAAGAACUCGGUGCGCCACAACCUCUCGCUCAACGAGUGCUUCAUCAAGCUGCCCAAGGGGCUGGGCAGACCCGGCAAAGGCCACUACUGGACCAUCGACCCGGCCAGCGAGUUCAUGUUCGAGGAAGGCUCCUUCCGCCGCCGGCCCCGGGGCUUCCGAAGAAAGUGCCAGGCGCUCAAGCCCAUGUACCGCAUGAUGAACAGCAUCGGCUUCAGCGCCUCCAUCCUGCCUCAGGGCUUUGACUUCCAGGCGCCCUCUGCCUCCCUAGCGUGCCACGCCAACGGCUACAACCUAGACAUGAUGACUAACUCCAUGGCCGGGGGCUACGAGGCGCUGAGCGGCGGGCAUCACGCCCCUCACAUGUCCCCCAACCCGGGCUCUACCUACAUGGCCAGCUGCCCUGUGACUUCCAAUGGGGACUACGGUCCCGACAGCAGCAGCAGCCCCGUGCCAUCUUCACCCGCCCUGGCUAGUGCAAUUGAAUGCCAUUCCCCCUACACGAGCCCGUCAGCUCACUGGACAGCCUCAGGGGCAUCUCCGUAUAUAAAGCAACAGGCCCUUCCACCCAGUAACCCAGCCUCAGCGGGCAUCCACUCCAGCAUGUCCAGUUACUCUUUGGAGCAAAGCUAUCUGCACCAAAACGCCAGGGAGGACCUGUCAGUGGGAUUGCCUCGCUACCAGCAUCACUCUUCCCCAGUGUGUGACAGGAAAGAUUUUGUUCUCAAUUUUAAUGGCAUUUCUUCUUUUCACCCUUCUGCUAGUGGAUCUUACUAUCAUCACCAUCACCAUCAAAGCGUCUGUCAAGAUAUCAAACCCUGUGUGAUGUGA